AUGAAUGAUCUGUAUGAGGUUCAAGGGGAAAUCCCAGAUAAACGCAAUAAAAGCCCCAAGUUUGUCUUUCGGGAAUGUUCAGCAUGUGAAGAGCUACCCCUCCCACAAAAGGAGAGACGUCAUCACUCUUCAAAACAAUGUGCAAGGGCAAAGCUUCGCAGUCAAACUGUCCUGCUACGUCCCCUCACUGCUCAGAGGACCUGGGAACCUUCGGACAUGUCUUCUGAAUUCCCUGCAGUAACGCUGGCCGUGGGGAUGGACACCCUCCCAACCUCGCAGCCCAACAGCUCUACCUGCGACUUGUACGCACACAAAGACACAGCCAGGAUACUGCUGUCCGUGUUCUACAGCUUCAUCUUAAUCUUCGGAGUGCUGGGAAAUGCCAUCGCCCUCACGGUCAUCUUCAAAAACAGGAAGAAGAUCAACUCCACCACCCUCUAUUCGACAAACCUGGUCUUCUCCGACCUCUUGUUUUGCAUGGCCCUGCCCACGAGGAUAACCUACUACGCCCUGGGUUUCCACUGGCCCUUUGGCGAAGCGCUGUGCCGAGUAACCGCUCUCUUCUUUUAUAUCAACACCUACGCGGGCGUCAACUUCAUGACGUGCCUGAGCAUCGACAGGUUUUUUGCUGUUGUCCACCCUUUCCGAUACAAGAUCCGAAGGAUUAAAUACGCCAAGGGYAUUUGUGUAUUCAUCUGGUUUCUUGUAUUCAGCCAAACUUUUCCGUUGCUUAUACAACCCAUGUCGCACAAAGAAGAGGAAAGGACUACAUGUAUGGAGUACCCCAACUUUGAAAAAAUCUCACAUUUACCUUUUAUACUUCUUGCCGCAUGUUUAAUAGGGUACCUUAUUCCCCUUGGGAUUAUUCUCUUUUGUUACUCUCAAAUUAGCUGCAAACUUUUUCAGACUGCCAAGGAAAAUCCACUGACUGAAAAAUCAGGGAUAAACAAAAAAGCCAUCAAUACAAUUAUAUUUGUGAUUAUAGUGUUCAUCAUCUGCUUUACCCCUUAUCACGUCGCAAUCAUCCAACACAUGAUCAAAAAGCUUCAGAACGAACCCUUCUGCAGCGAAAAGCAAAUUUUCCAGAAGUCACUCCAUUACACCGUGUUUCUGAUGAAUUUUAACUGCUGCCUAGAUCCUUUUAUCUAUUUCUUCGCCUGCAAAGGAUACAAGAGAACUGUAAUGAAAAUACUGCGGCGACAAGUGAGCGUAUCCAUUUCUAGCGCUGCCAGGUCCCAUCACGAAGAAAGCUCUCGUGACGUGGGAGAAACGCAGAUGAUGGUACUUGCCAAAUCUUCCAAUGGGAAGCUACCUGAGAAGCCCAGCCUGUAGGGUGCACUGCAGUGAAGCAAGCUUAGAAACCCCGGGGCCACAGUACAGACUCUUUGCGYUCCCUGUAUGGCAACGUCGGGAGGACUCUGUUUCUCAGAGUGCCAGGAAACCAUGGAAUGAUGUUGGACUGAAAAAGCAGCAUCACACGACAAGAGGAAAACUCAACAUUGGAUUUUUCCUAGCUGUCUCAUUUUGACUGAUUUCGUCAUUUUUUCCAAAUCUGUGCCACUGUGAAUGCUCAAAUGCCAUAUGAACAGACACGGGAGUGGGUGUUACUAAGUCAAAGACCUGACUCACGUUCUAACGGAUGUCCAACAAAGGAAGAAACUAGGAAGGGCUUACAAUUUACCCAGACUAAAACCAGCACAUUUGGAAAGGGCAAGACCUCCCUCAAACUCCAGUUAAAGCAGCUGACAACUACAGCAAUGGGUUUGCCUGGUUAACACACAGGCCAAGUAACCAAACUCUGAAAUAAAGAGGGACAAUUUUGGUGCACAAUUUGACUAUGGCAAGUGUGUAGUGUACAGUCCUUUGGAGGUUCAAAGGUGAAACUAUCUUUUUAUAGUAUUUGGAGCAUGAAUGUCUUGCUGGAAAAUUAACACACACCAUGUGGUCAAAUAUAACAGAUGAAAAGCUAAUGAACUGUGUGUUUCUCUUGUACACGGAGUAUCUCCCAUAUGUUAAGCCACUCAUCUUUGCAAGGUGCAUUUUCUCUUCAUUCCUUUUUGCAAAAGAGGACUUCUUUUUCCAGUGUGUAUUGUAAAGAGCCUCUACUCCAAGUUGUAUAUAAAUUAUUUAUACCAAGUAAGUUGAAGCAAAAACGCUCAAUAUGAAAGCUGCACCAUUUCGGUAGAAAGAACAGUGAG